CCUGUUCGUACCCUCAGAAGCAUGAAGACAUGAAGACCCUGGUGCUGCUGCUGCUUCACGCGAGUCUGCAGCUGCAGUGUGAUAAGAAGCAGAUCACGGCUCCCCUCGGGUCAGACUUCCUGCUCUCCUGCAGCUAUGAGAACCAGCUGCUCAGCAACAAGUACUGGUGCCGAGGAGAGUCCAGGAGGACCUGCGAGGUGCUGGUGGACUCGGAGGGGAAGACCAAAAGCACCCGGGUUCGCAUCGUUGAUGCUCGGAGGAGAGGACUGUUUGUGAGGGUCUUAGAUCUGCAGAAGGGGGACAGCGGGGUCUACUGGGUCGGGAUCGACAGGCCUUAUGCUGACAUCAUGACGUCAGUGAGCGUGGUCGUCACUGAAGUCCCGGUCUCUAAGCCCCGCCUCCAGCCCCUGGUCUCCCUGAUGGAGGGGUCCACCUGUCGGGGGGGUCCGGUGACGGUGCGAUGUGUGUGUUCACGGGGCACCGCGGUCCGUUACUCCUGGUUCCGACACACACACCCCGAGGACGUCCUGCUGCAGAACUCUGCUGACCUGCAGCUCACCUGUGACUCUCUGCCGGACGCUGAGCUCUACUGCAGCGUCAGGAAUGAAGUGAGCUCAGAAAGGAGUGAGAGCCUCAGAGUGAACAUCCUCCCUCCUGCAGACUCACACUGCAGAUAUGUGGUUCACAUGCCGGGCCAACCUGUUUAUGACUGUGCUGUGAGCUCCACGGCCCAAACCACCCCCCCGACCUCCUGUCACACCACCGGGGAAAUCCAACCUGUCACCACAAACCAGCUGAUCAACGCCACCGAGACACACCUGCUUCUCAGAGUGUUCACAGGAGUGCCGCUCUGGUACACGAUGCUGCGAUGGGGUUCAUUGCAUCCUUGGUGAUGUUUAUCUGCGUAUUUAUUACGUGUGCUAAAGUGAGAGACAAGCAUGCGAGAGGAAGAGGAGGAGGAGGAGGAGAGGAGGGUUGGGAUCAGAGGAAGGCCGCAGUCUGCAGGUUGAAUCGGCUCCGUGACAUUAGGUCUUUGUGAUAAGAGUCUGGGUCAUAAUGCACGUCAGCGUUUAUCAGACUUGUAAAACAACCACAACAUGAGAUUAACACACACUUUAAAGUAAUCUGUUGAACGAGCAAAGAAUCAUCAACGCCUUCAAAAGAUGGAUUAGAAAGAGAUGCACAACAACCAAAGAGAGAGGAAUACCACAAAAGAAUGAAAAACAGAACGAUGACAUUAAAGGUUGAAAAAAAGAUGCAAAACAAUCACAAAUAGGCGCAAAAUGAAUGAAAGUUGAAGCAAAAUUCCUAAGAAUAGUGGAAAAAGUACUACAAACACAAAAUGACUCAAACAACCACAAAUGACCACAAGGAAAUGCAGGGACGCGGGAAAGUCAGUCAG